UUGCGAGUCACAAAAUGAUGCGGCUUGGACUCUACCUUGCAGCGUCAUGGACGUUACUAUGUACCUACAGUGCCGCAAUGCCAGACAUCCAUCAUCACAUGUCCUCCGCCCAGCUACAGGAAGUGUUCCACGUGGAUCACGUCGAUCUGGUACCUCACUAUGAGCUCGUCAAACUAACACACCACACAAACAAGCCAGUCCUCGCAAGCUCCCGGCGAAAACGAAGCAUCGAUGGGCCGGUUACCAAAUCGAACGGAUUGUUUGGCGGUACGGCCGGUACUAACAGUCCCAACCAUCAUGUCAAGAAGGACCUCAGUAAGGUACGGUUCACCGAGAAAGUGAGCGAGCUGGGAGGAAAACCGGCCAGCCAGCAGAAGAAAGUCGUCCCGAAAGUCGUUGACGAUCGGCAAGACAUCCCACUAGAGGCGGGUCCUAUGGUGAGCAGCGAUCAGCAGCAGCAGCAGCCGGUUGAUGAUUCGACCACGCUGGAACCGAUGGAGGAUGGUGUCAGUAUAGCGGACAUUAAUGAGCACCGGGUGUCGUUCGACGCUUUCGGAGAGAAUGUGAACCUCACGCUUCGGAAAACAGAAGGAUUGCUGCGAGGUGGGGCACAUUCGCUGCGGAUGUGGAACGUCCGGUCGGAUCCCAACUCGACGCAGGGACUGGUUUACGAGGAGAUUCACGAUGAGGAUCCAGAACCAGCCGACUCCUUCGGUGACAUCUACCAGGAUGAGGGCAGUAUGGCAGCAGUGCUGAUGCGAAAGCAUCUGGAAAGUGGAGAUCUAAUGAUGGAGGGUAGUAUAGGUCAUGAACUAGUGAUAAAGCCAGUGCCAACCGACAUCUCCCAGGAGGAGGAUGGAAGUGUUCAUCACGUUAUUUAUAAGCGCAAAACUUCGGAGGAGCACAACGAUCAGUUUAGUGAUUAUGCAUUCAUGGAACCGGACCGACUACAGAAACGGUUUCGCUCCAAACGCAGCCCACAAGCGUACUACAAAAGCUCGCGAGCGAUCGAUCGGACCAUCUAUCCCGAAAUUCUGGUGAUCGUCGACUACGACGGUUACCGGCUGCACGGUGGUGAUAACGUGCAGGUCAAGCGCUACUUCGUCUCCUUCUGGAACGGUGUCGAUCUGCGAUACCGGUUGCUAAAGGGCCCGAAAAUUCGCAUCAGCAUCGCGGGCAUCAUUAUCUCACGGGGUCGUGAUGCUACCCCAUACCUGGAACGGAAUCGUGUCGGGCGGGACGCCAUCGAUUCCGCGGCUGCCCUCACCGAUAUGGGAAAAUACCUGUUCCGGGAACGAAGGCUCCCGGUGUACGAUAUUGCCGUUGCCAUCACGAAACUAGAUAUGUGUAGAAGGCAAUAUGCAAAUGACGCGUGUAAUCGCGGUACCGCAGGAUUCGCCUAUGUCGGUGGAGCGUGCGUGGUAAACAAGCGCCUUGAAAAGGUCAACAGUGUUGCCAUCAUUGAGGAUACCGGUGGUUUCAGUGGCAUUAUCGUUGCCGCCCAUGAAGUUGGCCAUCUUCUUGGUGCCGUACACGAUGGUUCCCCACCGCCAAGCUACCUCGGAGGGCCGGGCGCCGAGAAGUGUCGCUGGGAGGAUGGAUAUAUCAUGUCCGAUCUGAGGCACACCGAGCGAGGAUUCCGCUGGUCACCGUGCAGUGUGCAAAGCUUCCACCAUUUCCUCAAUGGUGACACAGCGAGCUGCCUUCACAAUCCACCCCACGAAGAUGAGGCGCUUGGGCGGGCGUUACCGGGAACACUGCUCUCGCUCGAUGCCCAAUGCCGGCGGGAUCGUGGAACGUCCGCCUGCUUCAAGGAUGAGCGUGUGUGUGCCCAGCUGUUCUGUUUCGAUUCGGCGAGCGGUUACUGUGUCGCGUACCGACCCGCCGCCGAAGGAUCCUCCUGCGGAGAUGGACAACAUUGUCUCGAUGGACGGUGUGUUGCGGAGCAUGAAAACAUUAUACCGGACUAUUCGCAACAUACUCCAUCGUACACGCGCUACAAUCAGCAGUCUGUGAAAUAUAACUACGACGACAAGUCAGAUCAGCAGGAAGAAUAUUAUGAACCGUCUAGCACGCCAACGACAUCAACGACAACCAGCACCACCACCACCACUACAACAACAACCACCACCACCACCACCACAACACCACCACCGCCGCCAGCGACAUCGACGAGGAACUAUUACCAGUAUUUCCAUCACAAGUCCACGAGUACCUAUCCCAAUGAUUACCAUUCAGCUAAAAGCCCUAGCCCUAGUGAUAAUGGUAACGGUAAUGGCAACCAAUAUCACAACAACAACCACAACAACAACAACAACAACUACGGCAACAACAAUUACGCUCACUACAACCCGACGACCAAGUCGACACCGUACAGUACGAAACCGACGACCAAGACACCGUACGUGUUCAGUAAAUAUACCUUCAGCUCGACCAAAGCUCCAACAACAACCACCACCACAACGCAUCGACCGUCCUGGAACAAUGGCAACCGUGAGGAUGACAAUAGUAACGCAUUACAGCACUACAACAGCCAACAGCAACCGCACCAACAACAACAGCACUACCAACACCACAACCAACAGCCGUACGGUGGGGAUGGUGGAUACGAUCAGGGUGGACAUGAUGCCGGUCCUUUCCCCACCACCACCACCACCAUCACCACCACGACACGCAAACCGAAAGCCACCUACCAUCCGGUGUUCGAUGUGUACUUCAACCGGAUCGCACAAACGACCACACGCAAUCCGUACAACUUUUCCUACUUUGCCAAACGCACCACCACCAAAAGCGCACCGAACUACGCACUGAACGGCAACUAUCUCGGUGCAAACAGUCAGCUUAGUGUGGCCAGUGUUGCCACCGGUGGAGCUAGUAGCACAUCGGCACGCACCGGCCGUUACUACUGAGCGUU